AUGUUGGGUGUGAGGGCGUGUUUUUCACAUUCCCCAGCACUUUUGUUUGGUGCCUUCCGGCCCACGAUGCCGUGUAAAAAUAGCGCUGACCGGGGGUCUCAUGAGCGCAAGACCCCGUGGGACGCUUUGCGUGAGCUUCGCGUCCCACCUCGCACGACGGUCGACAGCGUGGCUACGCUUGAUAGUACGCUUGAUAUGGUUGGAUACCAGUUGUUCCGUGACGGUCUUCUUUCCCCACCACCCCUCAGUUUCCUUCAGCGGCGGCAGCAACAGCUCCAGUUCCCGAAGCAUCUCACACCGGAAAUGCGUAGACUUGAAAAGGAAAAGGAGCAGUUAAUGGCACGCAUGCGGAAGAACGGGGUGGUGAUUCGGCGAAGUAUAAAAGAAACGUUUUUAACAAUUGGUUGUGAUGAAGCUGGUCGUGGACCACUUGCUGGGCCGGUGGUUGGGGCGGCCGUAUGUCGCAUCCCACGUUCAAGUUUUAACAACGAUCUAAAGGCACUGUACGAUGCCGAUGAGGAGUUUCAGAUAUUUGACAGCAAGUCAGUUUCGGAAACCCAACGUAAAGUCGUAUAUAACAAUAUCACCGGGUACCACAAUUUGUUUUCAUUAGUGGAAGACCAGGACUUCGUGGUUCACCAUGCCGGGGGCGAUUCGGUGCCCGAUAAUGUGCUGAAGAAACGACUUCCUUCACACACCAAACUGGGCAAACUGCCUUUUAAGAAGCUUCUCUCCAUGCAGACGCCGUAUUUGAUUUCAUACCACGGUAGCAAUGUUAGCGGUAAUUACUUGUACUUUUGGGCCAUUGGUAUUGCAAACCACACUUACAUUGACACGGUUAACAUCUAUUCCGCCUCUAUGAACACCAUGCAUCGAUGUUGCCUCGGUGUUUGGGAUGCGCUGAAUGAUGCGCGUUUUUCCUACCAUGUAGCACCUCGACCCAAAAACUGUUCUAUUGCCCAGUAUCUGUUCUCGAGGUUUUGUAUAACCGCUGCAAACGAUGAUCGCCGGCGAUAUGAGGUUCCCGACCAAAUCGACUUGGUAGAGGGUGCGACUGACUUUUUUGACGCAGAACCUGUCCAGCCUCCAUUGGUCUUAGUUGAUGGGCACACAGCGCCCUACGAAACGGUUUCCGUUUUCACUGAUGUUCAGACGGGUGGCUGCGUGCAGCCGAUCAUAGAGGGCGACAAGCGCAGCCUUACAAUUGCAGCUGCUUCGUGUCUUGCCAAGGUCUCGCGGGAUGAGAUAAUGGACUAUCUUGAUCCAUUGUACCCAAAGUAUCACUUUGCAGAGAACAAGGGCUAUCCUGUGGAUCAUCACAUGCGUGCUGUGAAGAAACACGGUUUGUCCUCCAUCCACCGUAGAUCCUACAGACCCUGCGCGGAAGCGUUGGCAAGGCAAGCGAGGCGCAAAAUGAAAGAUAGCCACUCAUAG